GACUGUACAGAGGUGUGACAUCAGUAAGGUGUUUCCUUCAGACAACCAGCAUAACAGCGAUGCUGUCUUCCCACAAGGAGGGGUGGGGAAAGAAAAGGUUGACCCUAAAAAUGUACACUUCGCCUUAUCCCACGGAUAUCGGUCUCCGGAGGUAAGGUCUCAACAAGUACGGAGCUAACACAAAAACUACUCAUAAAAAGGUCGUGCGUGACCGACCUCAAAUAGUUGUCUCUUGAGCACUGCAGACACGCUCUCAGGUCACCACCUCUAAUCUAAUUUCCUUUUCAGGUACCUCUAGAGAAACCCUUUCACGGUGUGGGCAACCGGGAAUCGAUGACAGCCCUCAUACCUCUAACAGCACUCAAGACGACUGAUUGAAUCAACAAUCGACGUAGAAUAACUUUCUUUCGGAUCGCUUUUUUGUUUUUUUCGGCUUUUAUCUUUCUGAUAUACGAUUUAUUACAAUCAAAUUUUUAGAUUGAAUAUUAUGGAGAGAUUUCCAUCGGGACACCACCUCAAACAUUUUAUGUGAUAUUCGAUACAGGAUCACCAUACUUAUGGAUACCAUCUAAAAUGUGUGAUUCCAGUGAUUUAGCCUGUCAAGUACAUCAUAAAUAUGAUAGUUCAAAAUCUUCAACUUAUAAACCCAAUGGUGCAUUAUUUUAUGUUCAAUACGGUACUGGAAUAGCAUCAGGAUUUUUAAGUUCCGAUUGUGUUCAUAUAGGUUCAUUGAAUAUUGUAGAUCAAACAUUUGGUGAGGUAACUAAUCAACCUGGUAAUGUAUUUAUAAAUUUUCAUUUUGAUGGAAUUAUGGGUAUGGGGUUUCAACAAAGUUCAUAUCAUUCUAAUCCAACACCUAUAUUUAUGAAUAUGAUUGAACAGCAUUUAGUAGAUAAACCUAAAUUUGCAGUUUAUUUAAAUCUUAAUGAAGAUAAGACAACUAGUGGAGAAAUAAUGUUUGGUGGAAUUGAUGACAGAUAUUAUACUGGUGAUUUAACUUAUUCAGACGUUGUAAGUGAAGAAUAUUGGAUGAUUAACAUAGAUGGUAUAUCAAUCAACGAUGAAAUAUUUUGUCCAAGGGGAAGUACCGCACUAAUCGAUACAGGUACAGCUUUAAUAUCAGGUCCAACUGAAAAAAUUAAUAACAUAAAUAAAUAUCUUGGAAGUAUACAUGUAUCUGAUAAUGAAUACAUUGUGGAUUGUAAUGAAAUUCACAAAUUACCAAUAAUCGAAAUAAAGAUUAAUGGCAAAUCUAUUCAAUUGAAAGCAGAUGAUUAUAUUGUUGAGAAAGUUUCAAACGGUUCACGAAUUUGCAGGACUUGCUUCAUUGGUACUGACUUCCCAAGUGGCCCGUUAUGGAUAUUUGGGGAUGUAUUUUUAAGAAAAGUUUAUACAGUAUUUGAUGUUGGUCAACGGCGAGUAGGAAUUGCUGAUGUUGCAGAUGUUAAAUCCUCAUGAACAAAAAUAAUAUUUGCGGGAUAGUCAAUAAUUCUCUUUCCAGUUUAUUUUGUAUUUCUGAAGUAAUAUCGCUAGUUAAAAUAUAUAAAACGAUAAGAAAA